CGGAGAGAUUAUGGAUAGAUGGCGGCGUUCCUUCAAAUCAAUUCUUUCUCCUCCUUCCUUCCCCGCUACUCGAAACCGCCGUCGCCGCCGCCCCUUUCUUUUCUACACUUUCCAUUCAAAAAAUCGAAAUUCCACCGUCGUCUUCGCUCCUCGCUAACCCAUUCCGUUUCAACACCACAGUCCCCUCUGCCCAACUCAACUCUCGAUGACCUCUUCUUCUUCCUCCACGUGUCGGGUCGCUACGGCGACGCUGAGCUGGCGAGGGCGGUUCACGCCACCGUCCUCAAGCUCGAAGAAGACACCCAUCUUGCCACCGCUCUCAUCUCCGCCUAUAUCAAGCUCGGCCUUUUAUCCGACGCUUACCGCGUUUUCCUUGCCCUCUCUUCCCCCAACGUCGUCUCUUACUCUGCUUUAAUUUCUGGGUUUUCCAAGUCCCAUCGAGAACAAGAAGCACUGGACCUCUUCUUUCGGAUGACAAGUUCAGCAGUUGACCCCAAUGAAUAUACCUUUGUCGCUGUUUUAACUGCUUGCAUUCGACUUCUGCAUCUUCCAUUGGGUCUUCAGAUACAUGCCGCUGUGAUCAAAACCGGGCAUUUGGACUCUGUUUUUGUUGCCAACGCGCUUAUGUGUUUGUAUGCAAAGUGUGGUUCUUACCGAGUUGUGCUUAAACUGUUUGAUGAAAUGCGCCAGAGAGAUAUUGCGUCCUGGAACACUGUUAUGUCGGGUGCGGUGAAGGAGUUCAUGUAUGGGACUGCGUUUGGGUUGUUCCGUGACAUGCAGGCAACUGAUGCAUUUAGAGUGGAUUAUUUUACUCUGUCAACCCUUUUGGCAGCGUGUGCUGCCAGUGCUUCGGUAAUGGAAGGCCAGCAAGUUCAUGCGCAUGCUAUUAAGGUUGGGUUGGACACUGAUUUGAAUGUUAGCAAUGCCCUUAUUGGAUUUUAUACCGGGUGUGGAACUCUUGAGGAUGUGCUGUGGUUGUUUGAGAGGAUGGCUGUGAGAGAUGUUAUAACUUGGACUGAGAUGAUGGUGGCCUACAUGGAGUUUGGGUUGGUGAAUUUAGCACUGAAGAUAUUUGAUGAGAUGCCAGAAAAGAAUUCUGUAUCUUAUAAUGCUCUUAUGUCUGGGUUUUGUCAAAAUGGUGAAAGUUUAAAGGCUUUGGAUUUAUUUAUCAAAAUGGUGGAGGAGGGCAUGGAGUUAACGGAUUUCUCUUUGACUAGCGGUGUUAAUGCUUGCAGUUUGCUUGCUGACCUUAUGGUCAGCAAGCAGAUUCAUGGAUUUGCCCUCAAGUUUGGUUUUGGAUCAAAUGCCUGUGUUGAAGCUGCGUUGCUUGACAUGUAUACAAGGUGCGGGAUGAUGGAAGAUGCUGACAAGAUGUUCUGCAGGUGGGAGUUAGAGGAAUUCAGCUCUGUAGCUUGGACAUCUAUGAUAUGUGGCUAUGCUCGAAAUGGGCAACUAGACGAGGCAAUUUCUCUUUUCCAACGUAGUCAAUCAAAAGGGGAAAUGAUUAUGGAUGAAGUUGCAUCAAGUUCAAUGCUCGGUCUUUGUGGAACUAUCGGUUAUCAUGAUAUGGGUAAGCAAAUCCACGGCCAUGUUCUUAAAUUUGGGUUUCAGUCUAAUGUGGAAGUCGGAAAUGCUGUUGUUAGCAUGUAUUUUAAGUGUGGGAAUGUGGAUGAUGCAAUUAAGGUGUUUAAUGAUAUGCCCUCUACUGAUAUAGUUUCGUGGAAUACUUUGAUUUCUGGCCAUCUUAUGCACAGACAGGGAGAUAGAGCAUUGGAAGUAUGGUCAAAUAUGCAGGAGGAGGGCAUAAAGCCUGACCAAGUUACCUUCGUUUUGAUAAUUUCAGCUUACAGGCAAACCAGCUUGAAUUUGGUUGAUGAUUGUCGUAUUUUGUUUGACUCAAUGAGAACUGAAUAUCAAAUUGAGCCCACAUCCGAGCAUUAUUCCUCCUUCAUCAGUGUUUUGGGUCACUGGGGUCUUCUGGAAGAAGCGCAAGAAACCGUCAAUGAGAUGCCUUUUGAGCCUACUGCUUUUGUUUGGCGUGCUUUGCUUGAUAGUUGCAGGCUACAUAAGAAUAUAGUGAUUGGAAAAUGGGUUGCUAAGCACAUUCUUGCCCUGGAACCUAAAGAUCCGUCUACCUUUAUACUUGUUUCAAAUUUGUAUUCUGCUUCUGGGAGAUGGGACUGCUCUGAAAUGGUCAGACAGAAUAUGAGAGAAAAGGGAUUACGCAAACACCCAGCUCAAAGUUGGAUUAUUUGUCAGAAGAUAAUACAUUCGUUUUAUGCUAGAGAUAGAUCACAUCCACAAGAGAAGGACAUAUAUAGGGGAUUGGAGAUUCUAAUCUUGGAGUGCCUAAAAGUUGGAUAUGAACCUGACACGAGCUUUGUUCUCCAUGAAGUAGAGGAGUUUCAAAAGAAAAAUUUUCUAUUCUAUCACAGUUCAAAACUAGCAGCAACUUGUGGAAUACUAAUGACCAAACCUGGAAAGCCCAUUCGGAUCGUAAAGAACAUCCUUCUUUGUGGGGACUGCCAUACAUUCUUGAAAUAUGUAUCUAUGGUCACUAAGAGGGAUAUUUUUCUAAGAGAUUCUUCGGGAUUUCAUUGUUUCUCUAAUGGCCAGUGCUCGUGUAAAGACUACUGGUGAAACGCUGGUUGAUCUAACUGGUCAUUCUCGUCCAUAUCAGUGAUGUAUGCUGAAAGGUUUUGUAAGUUAUAGGAUAUGUAUAAGAGCAAUGCUAUUUGGAAUGAAAGAUUUUUUGCGGAUGUGACUACAAAUUUUGUGGCACCAAUCAGGUUAGAGGAAAAAAGUAAAACAGAGAGAGGCAGUCGAAGAAAGAUGCUCUUUGCAAAUACUUUGGUAACAAAUUUACUAGUUAGCUCUUUUUUUAUUUUUUAAACAUUUAGCAUUUUUCCUGUGUACAAAAUAUAGCUUCGAUAUUAGCUGCUGCGAUGCAAGUGUAAAUUUGUUUCCAUAGAUGCAAGUAUAAAGCAUAAAUUGACCUUAAGAUCUUACAUCUAUAAUGAAG